GACGACACGACACGACACGAAACGAGGCAGGCAGGACAGGGCAAACGAAGAGAAUUACAAUACAGUACAGGCCCACCACCCCGAGGAACCAUGGCGCCGUACCAAGAACACGGCAAUGGCAACGGGUUGCGCCAGCAGCACCAGUCCCGCGACCCACUGGAAGUGACGAGAACCACCUCGAACAACUCGAUCGACAACCACUCCCACUCGACCUCCACCUCCACCUCGAUCCAGGAUUCCGCUGCUGCCGCCACCACGGUUUCCGAGUGCGACUACGACACCAAUCCGACGGUGCUGUACCAGGCGAUCGAGGCGAAGCAAUGGGACUACGCCAUUUCCCUCUUUGCCAACAGGAACCGGGGCGGCAGCGGCAACGGGGGGCCGGGGCCACAAAACAACAACCACAACCACGACGACGACGCGGAGGAGGAAGCCUCCGCCACCUGGGUGGUCCGCAAGGAGUGCAACGGAAAGCUCCGGUGGAGGCUCCUCCCGCUCCACGCGGCGGUGAUCUUCGGAUCCCCCCUGGCCCUCGUCGAGCUCCUGCUGGCGGACUACCCGCUGGCCACCCAGUGCAAGGACGACCAGGGGAUGCUCCCCCUGCACCUGGCCUUUCGCCACAAGGCCAGCUGGGACGUCAUCGAGGAGCUCCUCACCACGCACCCCCUGGCCGUCUUUUGCUCGGACCGCAAGGGCAGGACGCCCCUGCAGUGCGGGGUCUCGCGGUUCCUCCCGCAGAAGCUGAGGGAGACCGCCUCCGGCCACGGGGAGGCCGCCAGCAACUACAGCGGAACGACGCUCAGCCGGGGGGCGAGCCACUACUACGGGAACAAACCUAGCGGAGGCGGAUCGUCGUCGGGCGCGGAAACCCACACCGAAACGUCGUCGUCGUCGUCGUCGCAAUCCUCGUCCUUUCGGACGAUCGCGGGCGUCCUGGGAAUCUACUCGCAGAUCGUCGUGUCGGGGGAGCGCAAGGCCGUCGAGCAGGAAACCCGGGCCCUGGCGCAGGCCGGCAUGAACCAGAUGCGGGAGGUCCACCAGCGCAGGGUCGAGGCCCUCCACGCCGGGAUGGACAGGGAGCGGGCCGAGGCCGGGAGGAAGAUCGAGGCGCUGGAGAAGGAAAACUCGGAACUCCUGGAGCGGAUCGCUUUGCUCGAGCAGCAAAGCCGGCAGCCGCAAUCGCAGCCGCAGCCGCAUCCCACCGCCCUCCCGGAGGGGGGAGCGGCCGAGCCGGCCGAAAGGGUCUCCGAGCCGGGCCGGGACGAACCCGGGCCGCCGGUCGACACCCCUUGCCCCGGCCCGCCGGUCACCCCCCGCACCAAGGGGAGCGUCGACCGGAUGCUCCGCAAGAUGGCGGAGACCAUGGUCAAGCAGCAGAGGCUCUACCAGUCCCGCGUCGGGGCCCUCCUCGCGAGCUACGAGGAGAUGGUCACCGAGCGGGAGGCGAUGCGCUUCAUGCUCCUCAAGGGCGACCCUGCCCCGGAAGCCUCGUCCCCGGGGCAGCCGGAUCGGCCAUCGCCGCCGCCACAAAGCAGGGAGCGCCGGCUGCUGCAAUCCUUCCGAAAGUGGUUCCGGGAGGAGGAGGAAAAACUGUCGCAGCAGGAACGGUCGCUGUCGGCGUCGUCCCGGGCCUUUUCGCCCCCGCCCGCUGCCGGGGUGCCGGCAGCGGGUGGAUCGGAUCUGCAUUAGCACCGACGGCAUCCGCGGCUGCUCUUUCUUCCGACGAGGCGUAGUGAAGUACAAUGCAACACGCUGCAGAAUACGCUGCA